ACCACACAGAAGCACUAAAAAAACUGCCUCUCCAACUAGGCCAGAAUUAGCAUGCACUAAGAUCUCUCUCCCUCUCUCCAUUCCUCACCGGCGGCAUCGAUGACGACGAUUAUGCGAUCUUACACAGCCGCAGUGAGCCGGUCGUCGCCGGUUCUGCCGGCUUCCUCUCUAGUCACAGCCCGUGGUUCAUGGAAGCCCGCAGUGGCGGCAUUCCGACCUUGUGCCGGCGUUAAGUGCCGGCGAACACUUACCGUGACCUGCGCGCUCCCGGAGAAAGAACGGCCGCCGGCGUUCAGCAUCCCGCCCACCGUACCAUGCCUAGCUCUGCUGUGCCCCGUGCCGCCGCCGGGCGGGAAGGAGCGGUGGGACAUCAAGGAGGAGGAGGACCGCGUCACGCUGUGGCUCCAGGUGCCCGGGCUGUCGGCGAGCGACAUCGAGGUGACCACCGGCGAGGACGUCCUGGAGAUCAAGCGGAAGGUCGCAGCCCAGCAGCCCGCGGCGCCCGUGGACGCGCACGGCGUGGGCGCGUUCCACAUCCGGCUGCUCAUGACCAAGGAGCAUGACGGGGCCAGGGUCACGGCCGACCUCAAGGCCGGCAUGCUGGAGGUCACCGUCCCCAAGAACCUUCAACGCGAGGGUGAACGCGUCGAGCUGGGGAAGCCUGCGCCCCGGGGAAAAGAGGGCACGAACACCAAGAAAGGCUCGGAGGACGCGAAACCGGCCGGACCAAACCCCGGGCAGACAAAAGACAGGGGACUAGCUGGCUGAGGGGUUGUGCAGUCUCCGUCGGCCCCCUCUGUUUCCUUUUGUGUUGAAAUAAGUCUCUUAUUUUGAGUUCCCGAUCGAUAUGGGAUGACGGAGAUAGACUCAAGCCAGCAAUCGGCUUAGAUCGCUGGCCCGAAGUGAGCUCUUGCGCAGUUUGUUGUAUCUUGUGUUUUUCCUGGAAGAGCAUUUCUCUAUUUCUUUACGAGGGUCGUUUCCUUUAUUUAGCUCGUUUAUGGGGAAACUAGAUUGUACCACCACAAGUAACAUGCCCGCUUGCUGCACCGAA